AUGUCUUCCCCCAUCCCCCAGAUCCCUCUCGGCGGCACCGCAAGCCACAUCAAAAUCGGUCGUGUAGCAUUCGGUUGCAUGGGCAUGUCUUGGUGUGACCCCUCCCUCCAAACCCCCGAUUCUCAAGCUUUCGAAGCCAUCAAAGCAGCCGUCGAUGCAGGAAGUAAUUUCCUCAACACCGAUGCAUUCUACGGUCCCCCCACCGACCCUUACGCCAACCUUAAACUCCUCAAGCGAUUCUACGACGCUUACCCGGAGUACAAAUCCAAAACUAUCCUCUCCGUAAAAGGCGGUCUCUCCAUCGAUCUUUACAGAGAGAAAGGCAUGGCUGGAUUUAAGUUCGAUUCCUCCCUCCCAGCUCUCGAGACCGAUCUCCGUGGAAUUCGAGAACAACUCGGCACUGAUCAAGGCGGAAAAGAGAUCGACGUGUACGAAAUGGCUCGUCGUGACAGUAAAGCCUCUGUAACCGAUAUCAUGUAUAAUAUGCUCUCACUCUCCUCCGAAACCUACACGGAUAAGCAAGGGAAGGAGGUUAAGGGUAAAGGAUUGUUCGGGCACAUUUCGUUGUCGGAAUUGGGAUUGACGUCAAUUCAGGAAGCUGUCAAGGUGGCUCCGAUUGCAUGUGUCGAGUUGGAAGUCAGUCCUUGGGAGUUGGAAGCGUACAAGUUGGGUAUUGUUGAUUUCUGCUCUCAGCACAAGAUUCCCAUCCUUGCUUACUCGCCAACGGGUAAGGGCCUGUUGACUGGUACAAUCAAAUCGGUGGAUGAUCUGCCAGAGGGAGAUAUCAGGAAGCACAUGGAUAGGUUGAACGAGGAGAAUCUCGAAAAGAACCUCAGACUAGCAGAGGUGUUUAUCAAGGCAGCGAAGGAGCAGAAACCGAAGGAGGCGACUCCGACUCAGUUGGGUCUAGCUUGGCUAAUUGAAUCUAGCGACGUGAUGGUACCGCUGCCAGGAACGAGUAAGUCCUCGAGGGCAAGGGAGAAUGCAGAGGCAGCAAACAUCAAGUUGAGCGAAGAGACCAAGAAAGAGUUGGAUGAAAAGGUGAAGAAGUUUCAAGUUGCGGGCGGAAGGUAUAAUGAGAACGCUAGGAUGCAUACUCCUCUCUGGGCAUGA